GGCUCAGGAUAGUAAGGAUUUAUCUCUAGGGUCAUACUGUACAGAAGAAAGUAGUAUUAUAAUAGUUUAAUAAAUUGCUUGCAGAUAUCGUCCGAUUGGCAGUCCCACUCAAUUCCAUACACAGUUGGAGCUUCCACUGGAGACUGUGCACUGUAAACAGAGAAACGGCUGCUCUCUGGAAGAGGCUCAAGAGACAGAAGAAGGAGGAAAUCUAAACAGCGAACUUUAUCCACAUGGCAGAGCCCAACUUCCCUCCACUGCCGGGAUUCAUCCCACUCAAGCCAUGCUUCUACCAGGACUUUGAUGAGAUCCCUGAACAGCACCGGAGCAUGUGCAAGAAAAUGUACCAACUGUGGAUGUUGAAUAGUGCUACUCUUGCGGUGAAUCUCAUUGGCUGCUUUGCUUGGAUGUUUGGUGGAGGUGGAGUGACCAACUUUGGACUGGCUAUCAUCUGGCUCCUCAUGUUCACUCCCUGCUCUUAUGUCUGUUGGUUCAGGCCCAUCUACAAGGCCUUCAAGAGUGACAGCUCCUUCAACUUCAUGCAGUUCUUCUUUGUGUUCAUGGCCCAAGUUGGCAUCAGCAUCAUCCAAUGCAUAGGCAUCCCUGGAUGGGGAGUAUGUGGUUGGUUGGCUACCAUCUCCUUCUUCAGCUAUAAUAUUUUUAUUGCGCUGAUCAUGUUGGUCCCUACUAUCAUGUUCACGGCAGUGGCCUCACUGUCCUGCAUUGCCCUCACCAGGAUCCAUAAUUUCUACCGUGGCAGCGGAGCCAGCAUGUCCAAAGCUCAGGAGGAAUGGACCACAGGAGCCUGGAAGAACCCUCAUGUGCAGGCAGCAGCCCAGCAGGCCGCCAUGGGGGCAGCUGCAGGAGCCAUGCAGGAUCAGUACUCCAGCCCACAAUAUAACGAUAACCAGAUGUAGCCUCUUCAAGACAGAGGCGUCAAAGAAAUGACGUGACAGUUAUGCCAAAGUUUGAGCAACAGGGUUAGGAAGAUUUGACCAUUUCCCACAAUAUUGUUGAUUAUUAAAUUAAAUUAUUAAGUGUUUCAGAAACAACAUAUUUGCAUAUUUUCACAGGUUCAGUUUUUUUGGCCAAAUCACUGAUUCAGCAGAACUGUCAGUGAUUUCAAGCAAUUUCAUCAUUUGGCAAACAAAUAGCUCUGAACAUCUGGGGGAAGCUGGUUUUCGCCUUCCUGUUAAAGGGCAUGCUAAUUAUUUGUAGUAUUAUAUAUCAUUUCAUAUGUUUUUUUUUCUGUUCUUCUGUUGGACGGUGAAAUUUAACUAGUUAUGAAUCUGUAUUAGAGCUGUGUACUAAUAUACCCUUUGUGUUGACCUGCAGUUCUAGCAAUUUUUACAAGAGAAAGCAAAACUAUUUGUUUUUCUUCAAAAAUAUAAAAAAACUGAUGUACUUUUGUUGUGAUGAAGAUUUAAUUAUUUAGUAUUAUCUUAUUUAAUUUAUUUACCAAUACACUAUUAGAAUGAUAAAUUGCUUAGGAUGUAAAAAUGUAAGUUUUUCUUGCAUUUUAAAUUCACAUGUAAACCAAAGAUCCAAUGUAAUAUUGUAACCUUAUUUUAAAUCAUGCUACUUUAUGUGACAUCUGCAUAAUUUCAUCAUAUUUCUAUGCAGUUUAUCAGUGAUUGCACUGUGAAAUGAAAGAAUGUUGUAAUGUUGAAAGGAAGUCUGUCUGUUUUACAAUAAGAAAUAGUAUUAUUGCAAGUCUUCAGCAGGAUUUGAAUAGAAAAAAAAACAUUUAAACUAACUUGAAGGUUCCUGUUGACAUGUAUUUAGCAUGUGCUCUUUUAUAAACUGUUGUGUCAAAUGCAGAGUUUAAAAGACAACUCUCUCCUGCUGUGUGGCUAUUUGUCCACAGAGAGGUGCUGGUGGUUUUAGUAUGAAAUACAAAGCUCCAGAAUGUACAGAUUACCUUCAUUCAUCCUUCACAGAUCAUAGUCUGCAUUUAUGGUAGUCCCCCUCUAUUUCCUGCUUCUCUCUUUUUCUCUGUCUGCUCUUUUUUUAGUAGUAAUUUGCAUCACACUGACACAGUUAUGCAUAUGGUCAUUUGAAGAAGCUGCCUUGUAUGUUGACCUGUUGUGUGCUAAACAGCUCUACUGGAGCAGGCGGUGGUUAAAAACCUUGCUCAAAGGCACCUCAAGGACAGUUGGUAGUGAAUGGCAGAUCAUCGGUCACUCACUCCUCCCACCAAUCUGGGGUUUUGAAACGGCAGACAUAGUUUCUCUCAGACCCCUGUCCAUAGCACCAUCCGCAUUUUACUUCUGAUCUGAUAUUCAGUGAGGAAUUUCUGUUUAAAGAUAACACCAUGAAAUAGCCUGCUUAUGUUUCUUGUUGUUUGGAGGGUGUUUGGAGAAGCUAAAACAACAAUACAUGGAUAUAUGAAGUUACUGUACAUACAUUUUAGCCACUUAACAGUUAUCACCACCAUACUUGGGGUGAGAUCAAGGAUCUUAGUGUGUUGAAUACCUUAUUGUUCAAAUAAAAUCUUCAGAAAAGCUGCUAACUUUAA